AUGGAAAGGCGUAUGAAGUCGAAAUUACCUCCGGCCGGUCCAAAAAUGGAAAGAAAAUAUGUGGAGAAAAAUAGAAGGAAUUAUAUGAAGAAACUCUAUAAUCAACUUCAUUCCUUGAUCCCUAAGUCUAAGGAAACAAUAAUGACAGUGCCAGAUCAAAUAGAUGCAGCAGUGAAUUACAUAGAAAACUUGAAAAUGAAUUUGGAGAUGAACAAUAAGUACUUCGAAGAAUUGAAAAUGGGCCUAAAUAAGGCCCAAUCACUCAAUUCAACUAAUGAGCCCGGCCCAAUCACAAAGUCACAACCUCAGAUUGAAUUCCAUGAAAUGGGCCCAAACAUGGUCGUUGUUUUAAUAACUAGCCUUAACAAUAUAGCCACUUUUAUUAACAUCAUUCGAUUAUGCUAUGUGGAAGGUGUUGAAGUUGUGUCUACAAGAUUUGAACUCAAUGGAAACUCAACACUACAAAUUUCUCAUGAAACAACUAAGAUUAAUAGAAGCUCAACGAUGGAAUUAAUAGGUACAAAUUUGUGUGAUAAGAUGAAGGAGUUAAUUUAUGGACCCUCUUAUAUGGAAUCUCAAUUACAUUUGUGGGACUACAAAAUUGAAUUUGAUACAUUGGAGUACUACUUAUUACCAACAAGAAGUCAAAAUCAAAACAUGUAUAGUUACAUGCAAAAUUAA